AUGAACGUGUCUCGUCUACAUGCAUCGGUCGCUCCUUCUGCACAGAGAAUUAUAAAGGAUGGAGAGGAGAAGGAUGCAGACUUCCUCACCCUGCGGCUACUGAACAAGAGGUCACGCGUCAAACUCUCCCCUGAUUCCGUGAAGCUCGACCCUCUCCCCGGCAAGGGCGUAUUAUUCGCUAUUGCUAACUCAUUGGACUGUUUCGCCGCUGCCACAUAUACCGCGCCCGAUGGACAUAACAUUAUGAUUUCUGGACUUGCUGAGCUUCGCAGCUCAUUCGCUUCAUCGGACUCUGACGCUCCAAUACCUUUCACACCCCGUCGUACAAUAACGCUGCCGGCGCAACCAAACAUUCUUGCCUUUGCUUCGAACGACUCCAAGCUGAUCGUUGGUUUACUCUCUGGCUCGACUGCCGUAUAUGACACCACGUCCAUUUCCACAUCCGGGCUAAGUACUGUUCAGCCCUUGCACUUGUUCCCUUCUCCCACAGGUCGUCCGCCAAAGGAUAUCCUGGCCAAUCCAGGGGACAUACCUGACCUCGUUGUGGUACUUUAUGAGCCAGGCAGCCCCCCUGAUGCCGCCAUUAUCGAAUUGCUCGACGUACAGAAGCUGCAAAUUGUGAGUGGUUGGCAAAGCGGUGGCACGCCCGAUACUACGCCGGCUUCAGUUUGUUGGUCGCCGAAGGGAAAGCAGCUUGCGAUUGGGAUGCAGAGCGGCGACAUAUUCACUUUCGCUCCGAACAGCACCUCCGCUGUCAAAACAAUGGUGCCUCGGCCAUCCUCUCUACCAUCCGAGAAACUAUUAUCCACAUUCUGGCUGUCUAAUCCAGGCUUCUAUGGCAUCUUUACAACUCCUGAAGCUCUGUCUCCGGAUGCCGAUCAGACACAUAUGCUCAUGUCUCUGGAUGCCAAAGCUGGGACGAUCACAGAGAUCAAGCUGAGAGCACCCUUUCUGCCUUUACCCGGGAUGCGACCACCCGGGGCCUUCACCAUCCUCUUGCGUCAGUGGGAACCGACAAAGUAUCUAUUGUUCGUUGGUGACAGCAGCUCUUCCGACGUUGGUCUCAUAGGCUGCACAGAGGUCAAUGGUCAGGAACAAUGGGCUCAUUUCACGCUCGAAGAAACCUCCACGCCAGGUAUGCCACUCGAUCAGGAGAUGAUGGACACCGUCUUGCUUGGUCUCGCCCUUGAUCUCACGAACACCGACUCGUAUACGCAUAAGACAGCUUCUGGCGAAGACCAAAUAUUACCUCCCCCUCCGAUCCUGUACGCAUAUGCCAGCGACGGGACUGUCAUAGGAUGGCAUUUACUCAACACAACUGGCAAGCCGUACUCAGGGAUGAAACUUCCCGUAGCUCCAGCUAUCCUGCAGGCUGCCAGUGAGAGCAUGGAGACUGAGGCCGCGCCCAUAAUAUCAACUAGCGCAUCUAUUCAGACCACGGAUCAGCCUAUGAGUGGACAACAGACUCCUACUGCAUCGUUGCUCGAGCACUCUGGUUCCACUCCCGUGUUCGGCCAGAGCAGCGUCGCCCAGCCGUCGGCCUUUGGCCAGACCUCAGCAUUCGGUAGCACGGACAACUCAAUAUCACCGUUCGGAGCGAAGCCAUCACCAGGUUUUAGCGCAUUUGCCAGCGUGGGGCCGUCAAAAUUCGAUCAGCUAUCUGGCACCGGUUCAAGUGCUCCAGCGUCGCAAACGCCGACGAGUCCAGCAUUGGCAUCACCCAUGGCCGUCUCGCUGUCAAAUUCGGGCAUUGGCAAGGUUGAUUUGGAUAUAUCGAUGGAUUCUACCACUGGCAGUGGAUUCGGCAAUCUGUCUCUCGACGAUGCGAGCCACCCAAUAGACUCUGGCAAGUCGAAGGCCGCAGGGAAUGGCAUGUUCGGCUCCUUCACAUCUCCCUCGGCACCUCCCAAUACAAGCACACCCUUCGGAUCUGCAGUGCCUUCGAGCAGCUUGCUCAAGCCCGCCACCGGAUUUGGCGCCUUCGGUGGACAGUCUUCUGGAUACGGGUUUGGUGCAAUUUCUUCAGGCAGCGCCGCAGAUACUACCUCAACUCCCUCGCCUACUUUCGGGACCUCUGGGUUUGCUGCUAUCAAGCCGGCAAGUCCAUCACCAGCGUUCGGUUCGUCAGGCUUUGGGACCCAACCAGGCUUUGGACAGUCUGCAUUUGGACAACCUGCGUUCGGUCAAUCAGCAUUUGGUCAGUCUCCGGCUUCCAGCUCACCCUUCAAUUCCUCCAUCGGCGCGCCAGCUAGUGGUGGCUUCGCUGCGUUUGCCAGUGGGACGUCCACAUUGAGCACGGCUGCUGAGCAGAGCCUGGACUCGGAGUCCGUUGGGUCUACUCAGCCGAAAGAGAAGAGCCCCACACAGCCAUCAACUCCAGUGAAGCCUUCUGGAGCUCCGAGCACGCCCAACGUGUUUUCGUCGUCGGCCUCUGCGAAACCUACUACAGGAGGGGUGUUCUCCAAUUCUGUGAGCUCUCCCUCUGGCUUUGGAAAACUGGAUUCCGGCUUCGGUGCAUUUGGCUCUUCUGCUACCCCUUCAUCCUCGCCCUUCUUUAACCCUCCGAAAGCUCCAACAACGCCAAGUGCCUUCAGCGGUACGCCGCUGGCGCUCUCCGUUGGACCUUUAGCCCCGAGCACCCCUACACCGGCCGCCAAACCAGUAUUUGGUGCGCCGUCUGCAUUCGGUCAGCCAUCUGCGCUCGGUGCAGCUGCAACGACCGAGCAGAAUAGGUCCGCAUUCGGCGCGCUGUCGUCUCCGGGUUCGCCCUCGACAUUUGGGCAGUCCGCGUUUUCCGGUCUAGGCGGCAAUAGCGCAAGCACCAAAGGGUUUGGCAACUUUACUGGCGGUGGUGGUGGCUUCGGCACAUUCUCUGGGGAGAAAAAGUCUUUCAGUGAGCUUCUGAAGGGCGAUACAGAUAAGGGCAAGGUCAAGAGCAAGGACGAGGGCAGGGAAGCGCCAAAAGGCCCGGCUUCGGUCUUCAACAAUCCUCCACCUCUCCCUGCGGCCAGCACUAGCGAGCCCAAGCCUAGUCUGUCAAAGCAAGGACAGCCUCAACGGACAACCGUCUUUGGUGUCCCCCUGGACAAGAAACCGGGUGAUAUAGCACCUGUUGACAAGCGAGAUAGAGCUGCGUCUCUUUCUCGUGGUGACGAGUUGGACGGCGACGACGAAGACGCCAAACACCAUGAAGAUGGCGAUGACGAAGAUUUUCUUUCUGAUUCUUUUGACGAAGAGGAUGAAGAGGGGGAGGAAGAGGAAGAGGAGGAAGAGGAGGAAGAGGAGGAGGAAGAGGAGGAGGAGGAGAGAGAAGAGGCUGCAGAAGGCGACAGUGGGCUGAUCUUGCCUGGUUCAUCCGAAGCUGCCACUCCUCCAGCAGCGGGGCCUACGAUUCAUCUGACCGAUUCUUCGCCUCCUGCAAGCCCGGAGAAAAGGAAAGAGCCCGUACCAGACGAUAUCAGGACCCCGUCUAGCUCUCCCGAUAAGCAAGCUUCUCCGCCUGCGGUUGUUUCACCAUCUCCAGUGGCCGCGACGUCCUCAUCUCCUCUUAGUCUACUCGGCAGACCAACCACGCAGCCCAAGCGCAGCUCGCCAUUGGCCAGUACGCCGAUAAACAGGGACAGCGAUGAUGACACGACAGAUAGGCUCCCUCUUGCGCCUCCAUCCAAAUUUCAUGCAUCUGUAGAAGCGGAUGCCUCUACACUGUCACCUAAAUCCGCUACUGAAAAACCCCCAUCACCUGUUCUCGUGCCAACAGGCGAAGGACUCAAGUCGCGCCCGAAGACACCACCCCUCCAGGCAGUGUUCGGUGCGGCUCCUGCGAUGCCUAAGCCGGCUCCUUUCACACUUACCCCCGCUACUCCAUCACCACCUCCAGUGUUUGGAUCGCCUCCUUUGGCCUCGUCGAGUCCCAAGCCAGACACUGGAUUUUCAUCAGCUUUCUCAAAAGGACCUGCAGUCUUCAGCGCACCUCCGUCGAGGCCUGCUACGCCAACACUCAGAGUAGAUAAUGCCGCGUCUGUUCCCGCCGUGUCACCAUUGUUCCCCUCCCUGACACCCGGUGGCUCACUCUUCACGUCGAAGACGAAUCCGCCGAUGCCAACGAAAGCAGAGGGGCCUACGACGUCGUUCGGUAUUUCGCCCUCUGGCGGGCUAUUUGAACAAAGGCCGUCGAUGGCGUUCACGUCUACUCCUUCCACCCAUAGUGGCGGAUCAUUUACCGCUGCGAAGCCCCCACCUACGACACUCCCUAUCUUCGGACAGCCCGCCUUAGUUGGACAGAAUCCCGUGUCGGUACCGCAAACCCCACUUGCAGUCGGUCUCUUCGCGCCGAAAUCGGCUGCUACCACUCCCGUGCCUACAUCAUUUGCGGCAUCGAAGCAUGUUGCUGAACCGCUCCCUGCUUCUGGCUCAGCAUUGGCGAACACGUCGCAAAUGGGACCGCUUGCUAAUAUGGAGGACGGAAUGAGCAAGGAGUGCACAAACCUCCUAAUUGUCAUGGCUCGAGAGCUCGAGAUCCUCACGCAAGAGGCUGCAAAACUAGGCGACAGGAUGAAAGAGCAUUACAAAAUGAGCAACGUUAGUCGCACCACGGUAGACCUGCGCGACCCAAGUAAAUGGCUACUGGCAGACGUUGAAGAAUUCUCGCGGCUGCUGCAAUACCUGGAAAGGGAUAUCAUGGAGUUGAAGAACGUUCGAGCCAGCUACUCGAAGGCUAUCCGCGAGCUCGAAACUGCCAUGUUAAAAGGUUCCAAUUUCAUGGCCGCAGCGACGAUGCGCAAAGAGGAGAUUGUUCGUUUCAGCAAGGCCAACAAUGAUGUUGAGUUUGCGAAAAUGCUCAAGGCACGAACCCUUGGUCCGGAGCACCUUGAAACACAAGCCCAGUUGCGUAGAGGCAUCCGACUUCUUCGUGAUAGGAUCCAAAAGCUCGAGGAACAUCUCAUGGCUUCACAUAAGAGACUUAGCCAGUUGAAGAUGGGUAAAGCUGGCCUGAGACCACCCUCACUGGAUACCAUCAAUCGCACUUACCGCAAUAUCGACAUUGCUAUAAAGCAGCAAGCAGAUGAUAUCGUUCAUCUGUCGCAGCGCUUGUCGAAGCUCAACUUCACGACUAGUCCGAACCGGGCUGUGGUAGAUUUCAGGUCGAGCCCCAGCAAGCGGACGCGCGAUACCACUCCCAACGUCGCAGCCACAACAGCCGCGGCAUUGAACGCUGAGCGAGCGGCUCAGAGGUUGAAGAGUGCUCUGCUGAAGGCACGCAAGGAGCCGCUGCUUAAUAAGCAAGCUGUGGAUGCGCCAUCCCCACCGUCAGAGCUCGACUUCAUGAUCAAGGAAGAGUCGUCCAAGAAAGAGCUGUCGCUGAACUCGUCCCUGUUUAACUCGAACGGUGAGACAACCCAGACGUCUGGACGGAAUGAGCCCUCCUUCGACGUAGGCGAUAUCCAGCCGUCAACGCCCAGCCAUGGACACAGGCAACGCGAGUCCCGACACGGGAAAUCAGUCCAGUUAAAGAAAUCUUCUGGCUCUUUGGCGGCAUCGGCAACGAGUCCACCAGCGGGGUUCUCCUGGGGACCAAUCCCCGGUGCUACUUCCCCUUAUAAGCUGCCGUUCUCGCUCACGCCGACAAAGGCGGAUGACGCUGGCCGCAGUUCGUUACCGUUCUCGUUCACCUCGAGAAAGGACAGCGAUGAGCAUCACAGCGCCCUAUCAUUCCCGUCCACUCCCAAGAAGGACGAGGAUAAGACUUUCUCUUUGUCGAGCUCCUGGGUGACGGAAGACUUUGAGAAGGAGAAGCAGUAA